GAAUCAAAAUUUAUAUAUCAAACUUUCAGUUGAAUCUGUAUUGUUGUUGUGUGUAGGGAGAUAGAGAUAGGGGGUUAAUCGAAGGUCGAGGUAGGUGGCAGUCUGGAGAGAGAGUCGGCAGCAAUGUCGAACCUCGAGCCAGCCCCGUCGCAGACGCUGAUUCGACGUCCGUCGAGAAGCGCUGCAAUGACCACCUUCUCGAUGGAGGUUUUCGACAAUGAUGUCGUGGUUCCUUCGUCACUCGCCUCGAUAACACCCAUUCUCCGUGUGGCUAAUGAGAUUGAAAGUGAUCGCCCAAGGGUUGCUUAUUUAUGUCGAUUCUAUGCUUUUGAAAAGGCACAUAGGUUGGAUCAGAGUUCUAGCGGGCGUGGUGUGAGACAGUUUAAAACAUUGUUGCUGCAACGAUUGGAAAGGGACAAUGCCACCAGUCUUGAAUCCCGGACGAAGAAGACAGAUGCCAGGGAAAUCCAAGCUUAUUAUCAACAGUACUAUGAGAAUUAUGUCAAAGCACUUGAUCAGGGAGAGCAGGCUGACAGAGCACAGCUCGGUAAAGCUUACCAGACUGCCGGUGUGCUUUUUGAAGUGCUUUGUGCUGUCAACAAGACUGAGAAAGUUGAAGAAGUUGCUCCUGAGAUUAUUGCAGCGGCUAGAGAUGUCCAGGAAAAGACGGAAAUUUAUGCACCUUUUAACAUUCUUCCGUUGGAUUCUGCCGGGGCUUCUCAGCCGAUUAUGCAGCUUGAAGAGAUUAAGGCCGCUGUUUCUGCGCUAUGGAAUACCCGUGGCUUGAACUGGCCUAGUUCAUUCGAGCAAACUCGCCAGAGAACUGGAGAUUUGGAUCUGCUUGAUUGGCUCAGAGCCAUGUUUGGGUUCCAGAAAGACAAUGUCAGGAACCAGAGAGAGCAUCUAAUUCUUCUUCUUGCUAACAAUCAUAUAAGGCUGCAACCUAAACCCGAGCCUCUCAACAAGCUUGAUGAUCGCGCAGUUAAUUCAGUGAUGAAUGAUCUCUUUAAGAAUUACAAGACGUGGUGCAAAUUUUUGGGACGAAAACAUAGUUUACGACUUCCUCAAGGUCAGCAAGAGAUACAGCAGAGGAAGUUGCUUUAUAUGAGCUUGUAUCUUCUCAUAUGGGGUGAAGCCUCCAAUCUUCGCUUCAUGCCGGAGUGCCUAUGCUACAUAUUUCACAAUAUGGCAUAUGAACUUCAUGGUUUAUUGGCUGGAAAUGUCAGCAUUGUUACUGGUGAAAACAUCAAACCUUCUUAUGGUGGUGAUGAUGAGUCAUUCUUGCGCAAGGUUAUAACUCCGAUAUACAAAGUCAUUCAAACGGAAGCUGAGAAGAGUAAAAAUGGGACGGCUCCUCACUCAGCCUGGUGCAAUUAUGAUGAUUUAAAUGAGUAUUUCUGGUCACCUGAUUGCUUUUCUCUUGGAUGGCCCAUGCGUGAUGAUGGUGAAUUUUUUAAAUCUACAUUUAAUUUCACACAGGGAAGAAAGGGUGCUCCGGCAAAAUCUGCAAGAACUGGCAAAUCAAAUUUUGUUGAGACCCGGUCGUUCUGGAACCUCUUCCGUACUUUUGAUCGUCUCUGGACCUUUUAUUUACUGGGUUUGCAGGCAUUGUUCAUAGUUGCAUGGAUAGAUAUUCCAGUGUUGGAAAUAUUUCAGAAAGAUGUCUUAUAUAAACUCUCUAGCAUAUUCAUCACAGCAGCCGUUCUUCGUUUCCUUCAAAGUGUUUUGGACAUGACUCUGAAUUUUCCCGGCUUUCAUCGCUGGAGAUUCACUGAUGUGCUAAGAAAUGUUCUCAAAAUCAUUGUUAGUCUUUUUUGGGUUAUUGUUCUUCCAUUAUUAUACCUGCAUUCCUUCAACGGUUCUCCAGAGUUUAUCAGGAAGUUGCUUUCCUUUGUUCAUCAAGUGAAAGGGAUUCCACCAUAUUAUGUCUUAGCAGUUGGAGUAUAUUUGAUCCCAAAUGUACUAGCAGCCUUUCUCUUUCUUUUCCCAAUGCUUAGGCGUUGGAUUGAAAACUCAGACUGGCACAUAUUUAGACUCCUCUUAUGGUGGUCUCAGCCAAGAAUCUAUGUCGGACGAGGAAUGCAUGAGAGUCAAUUUGCUCUCUUUAAGUACACUCUUUUCUGGGUGCUUCUUUUGGCUGCCAAAUUUUCAUUCAGCUUUUUUGUCCAGAUCAAGCCUCUUGUUAAGCCAACUAAAGACAUAAUGAGCAUUCGACGUGUUGAUUUUGGCUGGCAUGAGUUUUUCCCACAUGCUCAAAAUAAUUACGGUGCAGUUGCUGCACUCUGGGCUCCUGUACUUAUGGUUUAUUUCAUGGACACCCAAAUUUGGUAUUCCAUCUUCUCAACUGUGUGUGGUGGUGUUCUUGGAGCCUUCGAUCGUCUGGGAGAGAUACGCACUCUGAGCAUGCUCAGAUCACGGUUUCAGUCAUUACCUGGUGCAUUCAACACUUACUUGGUUCCUACUGACAAGAGAAAGAAAAAGGGAUUCUCUCUCUCAAAGGGAUUUGCCGAGAUUUCCGCAAACAGAAGGAGUGAAGCUGCUAAGUUUGCCCAAUUAUGGAACGAAAUUAUUUGCAGUUUCCGCGAGGAAGAUAUUAUAAGUGAUAGGGAGAUGGACCUUUUGUUGGUUCCUUACUCAUCAGAUCCUAGUUUAAAAAUAAUUCAAUGGCCGCCAUUUAUGCUUGCAAGCAAGAUUCCUAUUGCACUGGAUAUGGCAGCUCAAUUUCGAGGAAGGGACUGUGAUCUUUGGAAACGCAUAUGCGUAGACGAAUAUAUGAAAUGUGCGGUCAUUGAAAGCUAUGAAACUUUCAAACAUAUUUUGAGCGCGUUAGUGGUCGGAGAAGCUGAAAAAAGGACAAUCUCUGUCAUCCUAAAGGAAGUUGAAAACAGCAUCUCUAAAAAUACACUUCUUACAAAUUUCCGAAUGGGAUUUUUGCCUUCCCUUUGCAAGAAAUUUGUUGAGCUUGUUGAAAUUUUGAAAGAUGCAAAUCUAUCCAAGCGCGACACACUGGUGGUAUUGUUGCAAGAUAUGUUAGAAGUGUUUACUCGUGAUAUGAUGGUGAAUGAAAUCAGCGAAUUAGCAGAACUUAAUCUAAGUAGCAAGGAUACCGGAAGGCAACUUUUUGCUGGUACUGAUGUAAAACCGGCGGUACUCUUCCCUCCAGUUAUUACAUCACAAUGGGAGGAACAGAUUAGACGUAUUCACUUACUGUUGACGGUGAAGGAAUCUGCCAUUGAGAUUCCAACAAACCUUGAAGCACGCAGAAGGAUUGCAUUCUUUACGAAUUCACUGUUCAUGGAUAUGCCUCGUGCUCCUAGAGUUCGUAAAAUGCUCUCGUUCAGUGUCAUGACUCCAUACUACAGUGAAGAGACUGUCUACUCGAAGAAUGACCUUGAGGUUGAAAAUGAGGAUGGUGUGUCAAUCAUAUAUUACCUGCAAAAGAUAUACCCUGAUGAGUGGAAUAACUUCAUGGAACGAAUUGAGUGUAAGAAAGAUAGUGAGGUAUGGGAAAGAGAUGAUAAUAUAUUGCAGCUACGCCAUUGGGCCUCACUACGAGGGCAAACACUUUGCAGGACAGUUAGGGGAAUGAUGUACUACCGGCGUGCUCUUAAGCUCCAGGCUUUUCUUGAUAUGGCUAAUGAAAAGGAGAUACUUGAUGGAUAUAAAGCUGUUACUGUUCCAUCCGAGGAAGAUAAAAAGAGUCACAGAUCACUAUAUGCCAGUUUAGAGGCUGUUGCUGACAUGAAAUUCACAUACAUUGCUACCUGCCAGAACUAUGGAAAUCAGAAGCGUAGUGGAGACCGUCGUGCAACAGACAUUCUGAAUUUGAUGGUUAACAAUCCUUCACUUCGUGUGGCAUUUAUUGAUGAGGUUGAAGAAAGAGAAGGAGGAAAAGUACAGAAAGUUUAUUACUCUGUAUUGGUCAAAGCUGUGGACAAUCAUGACCAGGAAAUAUAUCGAAUUAAACUGCCAGGUCCAGCGAAGUUAGGAGAAGGGAAACCUGAAAAUCAAAACCAUGCAAUCAUUUUUACUAGAGGAGAAGCUCUUCAGGCUAUCGACAUGAACCAGGAUAAUUACUUGGAAGAAGCUUUAAAAAUGCGUAACCUUUUGGAGGAAUUUAACGAGGAUCAUGGGGUUCGCCGGCCUACAAUAUUAGGUGUUCGUGAGCAUAUCUUCACUGGCAGUGUUUCUUCCUUGGCUUGGUUUAUGUCAAAUCAAGAAACAAGCUUUGUCACAAUUGGUCAAAGAGUUCUUGCAAGACCUCUGAAGGUACGAUUUCACUAUGGUCAUCCAGAUGUUUUUGAUAGAAUUUUUCACAUUACCCGGGGAGGAAUGAGUAAGGCUUCUCGUGGCAUCCACUUGAGCGAGGAUAUUUUUGCCGGUAACAUUAUUGAAACAUCUUUUUUAUCAUGGAUAUUUUAUAUUUCCUCCUUUUCUCAUGCUUUAUCCUAUGCAGGAUUCAACUCAACACUACGACGUGGGAAUAUUACUCAUCAUGAAUACAUUCAAGUUGGAAAGGGUAGAGAUGUUGGACUCAAUCAGAUCUCUCUUUUUGAAGCAAAGGUGGCUUGCGGUAACGGAGAGCAAAUACUAAGCAGAGAUGUCUACAGGCUGGGGCAUCGUUAUGACUUUUUCCGCAUGCUAUCAUUUUAUUUUACGACCAUCGGAUUUUAUACGAGCUCAUUGGUUGUGGUCCUUACGACUUAUGCUUUCCUAUAUGGCAAACUGUACCUGUCCUUAAGUGGAUUUGAGGCUGCAAUAGUGAAGUUUGCUAGGAGAAAGGGAGAGGAUACAUUAAUGGCAGCAAUAGCUUCACAAUCAAUUGUUCAAAUUGGACUUCUAACAACUUUGCCCAUGGUCAUGGAAAUUGGUCUAGAGAGAGGGUUCAGAACUGCUCUAGGUGACUUCAUAAUAAUGCAGUUGCAGCUGGCACCUGUUUUCUUUACUUUCUCGCUUGGAACGAAAAUGCACUAUUUUGGGCGCACUCUCCUGCAUGGAGGGGCAAAAUACAGAGCAACUGGGCGUGGAUUUGUCGUUCGUCAUGAAAAGUUUGCAGACAACUACAGGAUGUACUCUAGGAGUCACUUUGUCAAAGGGAUUGAGCUCACAAUAUUGCUGAUCUGUUAUAUGAUUUAUGGAUCAGCAACGCCUAACUCAUCAGCAUACGCCCUUCUGUCAUGGUCAAUGUGGUUUUUGGUUAGCUCUUGGUUGUUUGCUCCUUUCCUUUUCAAUCCAUCAGGAUUUGAGUGGCAGAAGAUAGUUGAGGACUGGGAUGAUUGGAAUAAAUGGAUUAGUAACCGAGGUGGUAUUGGUGUUCCUUCAAACAAGAGUUGGGAGUCAUGGUGGGAUGAGGAACAGGAGCAUAUGCAGCACACUGGCUUUAUAGGGCGGAUUUGUGAGAUUCUUCUUUCCCUGCGUUUCUUUAUCUAUCAGUAUGGGAUUGUGUAUCAUCUCAAUGUAGCCAGAGGUGACAAGGGUAUCAUGGUUUAUGCUCUGUCCUGGAUAGUAAUACUAGCUGUUAUGGUUAUCUUGAAGAUUGUGUCCAUGGGUAGAAAGAGGUUCAGCGCAGAUUUCCAGUUGAUGUUCCGUCUUCUCAAAUUGUUUCUGUUUAUUGGAGGCGUUGUCUGCCUGGCCCUGAUGUUUACUCUGCUUAGCCUCACUGUCGGAGACAUCUUUGCCAGCCUUUUGGCCUUUUUGCCAACGGCAUGGGCAAUUAUACAGAUAGCACAAGCAUGCAAGCCAUUGGUGAAAGGCAUUGGAAUGUGGGGGUCUGUUAAAGCUUUAGCUAGGGGCUACGAGUACCUAAUGGCUGUGGUUAUAUUUACACCAGUGGCCAUAUUGGCAUGGUUCCCAUUUGUUUCAGAAUUCCAAACUAGGCUUCUGUUCAACCAAGCAUUCAGCAGAGGACUUCAAAUCCAGCGCAUUCUGGCCGGUGGCAAGAAACAUAAGCAAAACUGAGUCAAACCUUUUCUGCAGCAUUCAGCCUGGUUUGUGCUUGUCAAUAGAACAAUUCUUGCAACCAGUGCAUGUAAAAUCUGAAAUAGUGAUGAGAAAACUAUAUCAUAAGCGUUUUAAAUUGUAUCUAAUCGCACCCAUCACUCUGAUUCUCCUUUGUCCAUAUGAAAGAUAUAGAAUUGAAUAUCAAAUUUUGUUCAUUUGUUACCA